GUAGUGGCUCUGCCUUUUAUCAUCUACAACGAGCAGCACAGUUGGCUGAUGGGACAUGUGGCCUGUAAGAUACUGAGGUCAGCCUACAGUAUUAACCUGUACAGCGGCAUGCUCCUGCUGGCCGGCAUCGGUGGAGAUCGUUACAUAGCCAUCGUUCAUGCUAGGAGGUCGUUUGGAGCGCGCUCAACCGCUCUGAUGUACAGCCGCCUCGUCUGCUUGUCUGUUUGGCUGUUUGCUUUUGCUUUAACUGUGCCCACAUUCAUCUACACAGAAUGCUAUUCAGAUCCCGACGGGGGGAUGGGCAAGUCAACUAUGGUGUGUGAGAUGCAUUUCAACAAAACAGAAACAGCAAAGCUGGUGAAAGUGCUUGUUCCCAGCCUUCAAAUGGCCAUCGGUUUCCUGGUGCCGCUGCUGGUGAUGGUGUUCUGUUACUCCAGCAUCAUGUGCACCCUGCUGAGGGCACGGAGCAGCCAGAGGCACAAGGCCGUGCUGGUGGUGCUGGCAGUGGUCGUGGUCUUCAUUGUGUGCCACCUUCCUUACAACAUAACUCUGCUGACCCACACUGUGGCUCUGUUCAAACAGAGGAGCUGCGAGGUGGAGAAUGUUAAACUCAAAGUGUUGGCUGUUUCCAGAAGUGUAGCUUACCUCCACUGCUGCCUCAACCCCGUUCUCUACGCCUUCGUCGGGGUGAAGUUCCAGAGCCACUUCAGGCAGAUUCUGUCGGACCUGUGGUGCUUCAGCAAGAAGUACAUCUACUCCGCUCGCACGUCGCGUGCCACGUCUGAUGUCUGCAUCUCAGGCCGGGUCUCGUCAGAAGGUUUCAACAACAUUUCGUCAUUUAGUGCUUAAAUACGCUGCGGUGCAAACCUCCUUCAAACCAGUGAAUGAGCAGCUUAGCUUCUAUACGCUGCUGCUUUGUUGUUUCUGUGCAUAUGGGGUAAAAUAACUUGAACUGUCAUUUUACAGUUCAUCCCCAUCUGACUGAUUAUGAGUGUAUGACAAAUAGAAGUAAAGUUACACUGAUGGUUUAAAGAAACACAGUUUUCAAAGAUUUAUGAGAUAAUAUCAGAAGACAAAGUUAUACCCAGUCAAAACCAUAGACUGUAUAAAAAGUCUCACUGAUGUCACCUAUCGUUUUCCAGAGGCAUUUUUAAGUCCAAUGAUGGCAGUCACCAAAUAGGAAAUCUCCACCCAAUUAGAUCAAUCUAAUAACAAAGAGAUGGAGCUGAGGUGGGAAACAGCUACAACAGGCCCACCUGUCAGUCAAAUCAGCAACACCCAGCAUCAGAUUACCAUUUAAAAUAAGAUCUGCUGCCACAACUGAACUGUUUAAGUCAUUUUUAAAAACCCAUUUAUUUUCCUUGGCUUUUAUCUCUAGUUGAGUGUUUUAUCCCAGCAGCAGUGUCUUCUAGAACUUUUACUAUUGUUUUGUGUUUUAAUUUUUGCUUUUACGUGUCUUUAUGAUAUUUUGGAUGUAAUGUAUUUUGCCUAUUUUACUGUACAGCACUUUGGUCCGCCUCGGCUGUUAUAAAUGUGCUAUAUAAAUAAAGUUGACUUGACUUGACCCCAAAUUAUGCAAAUAUAUGCAUAAUGUUUGGGCCCCUUAAAAUAAAAACUUAUGAAUAAAAAAAAUGCACCCCUCUUCCAGUGUGUAUAAUAACACAAGAAAGAAAUUAGCCUUUGAGAUUGAAUUUUUUUUUGUUCAAGGCUGUAAACAUGUUUAUUUCUGCUGUAAAAACUGACAUUUUAAUAUAGGACCUGAUGGGGAUUCCUUUGUUUUGUUUCACUUGAGAACUGCAUUUUUAUUUUGCUCUGCAUUUGCUUCUGUUUUUUUAAAGCCAUAAAUUGCAAUUUGCUGUUAACGAGUUGAGCCACUGUUUGGUCAUCUAUUGUCUGUCGACGAAGCCUCGCUUCUGCUGCCUCACAAUUUUGGACAUAAUAAGUAACACACUUUGUUUGUUUGUAUGCCUCUGAAUGUGAUGUUGAUUUGCUUUUAAAAACAUUUGAAGAAGCUCAUUCUCCCAUAUUGCUAAUCCUAACCAAGCGAAAUGUUUGACAACCACACACAUACCUUAUUCUACAAGAUAUUAAACACUGUGCUUAUUUUGUAUGGUUGUGUUCUUCUGUCACAUUGUCUCAAUAAACAUUGUGUUUAUAAAA